UAACGGCAUGCUACGAUAGCUGUAGAUGCCGCAUAUUAAAGGCGCGUCUGUUUGAUCAAUUAUAAACGUAUUGCUCGGCAUUUUACAUUAACGUUUAUUCUUUAAUAAAAUUUUUCAACCAUGGUAAAAUUAACUGCUGAAUAUGUUGAAAAAAAAUGUUCUCAAAUUCAAUUAAACAAAUCGCUCAGUAAGAAGAUAAAAAAGGAUGAGCUGUAUGGCUUAACACAUUUGCGUAUGAAUGACAUGUUUAUCAGCAGUAUUGGUAAUUUUACAGCUUUCAGAAAUCUUAAAGUAAUAUAUUUGCAAAAUAACAAUAUAUUGAAGAUAGAAAAUUUGAAUUUUGCAUCAAAUUUGACACACCUUUAUUUGCAACACAAUCUAAUAAGUAAAAUAGAAAAUUUAGAUUACCUGGAAAAAUUGCAGACUCUUUAUUUAGGAUAUAACAAUAUAGUGGUGGUUGAAGGUCUUGAACGUUUAAAAAACUUAUCCGUUUUGCAAAUAGAAAAUCAAAGACUAUCUACUACAGAAUCGUUGUGUUUUGAUCCACGAAGUAUACGUACUUUAUCCACUUGUUUAAAAGCACUAAAUAUUUCAAACAAUAAAAUCACAUCCCUAAAAAACAUUAAGGAAUUGCAUGAAUUAGAAGUUCUAGAAGCUAAAAACAAUGUGAUUAAUGAUAUCGAUGAUUUAACAGAAUGUAUAAGCGCCUUAGGUUCUUUAACAAAUUUAUCCUUGCAAGGCAAUCCUGUAACUCAGUAUCAUAGAUAUAAAGAAAACCUUAUUGCCAAUAAUGAUACAAUAACAACCUUGGAUGGAAAGCUAGUGACAGACAUAUGUAGAUGUUUUAUGAAAAGAUUUAAAGUAAAGAAACAUCUUCACCACACCCAAAAAUCUUCAACAACUAGACUGGAUGAAGACAUUACAAGCUCAUUAAAUUUACCGCCUGCAUUAAAAAAAUCAAUAUCCAGAGCACUGUUUCAGUAUCCUCAUCCAAAGUCAUUUAUUACAAUUUCUUCUGCUAUUGGUGAAAUGCAAUCAUACACUUUUCCACCAUGGAAAUCAGCGUCAGGCGCAAAUGCUAAAAGAAAUGGUCAUAUCACUCCAAGACCAUUUUGGAACAAAACGGCUAAAGUCAAACAACCUCGUGUUAUACAACCUUUGAUAAAUAGUAAAACUAUUGAACUGCCAUUAAUUUGAAACAUCACCGUGAUAUUAUACAUAUAUGCAUAAUAUAUGUAUUUUAUGAAAUAACUUCUACGUAAGUCAUGUACUAUAGCCUGCAUGCUGGAAAGUCGUGUAUGUAAUAAAAAUAAAAUCUAUGAUCAAAAAAAACAUUAGCAAAUUAUUGUAAGAAGCUGGAGGCAAAUUAAUUACAAUAAAUGUUUUGUACAACUUUCUAGCAGUAAGGCGAAAUUUAUAUAUUAUAUAAAUGUGCAUUAAAAUAACAUUUUCAUAGUUAAAAUAAAGUACAUUGAAAUUCAUGCGUGUGAAACAAUAAUUCAAUUUAAAAAUAACAAAACGUGCAUAGUUAAACAGUUAUGACGUUCUUACACAUAAAAUACUAUUAUAUUAUAAUUAUAAUGUCAUAGAACUAUAAUUUUAAGUAUAUAAUAUUAUAAUCAUUAUGUUAUCACUAAAUGAACCACAGAAGUAUUAAAGUACAAAAUACUAUUAGCUACGUUUGUACACUGCUUGAAGAUCCAUAUCUUAUCUUUAAAGCUUAACUUUGUAUGUCAACUGAAAUAAUAAAAAUAAAUUGUAUGCGAUGGAUAAAUUUUUGUACAUGUAAUGAACUGCGUAUAAACAUAUAGCAGUAUCUUCAAGCAGAGCUAAUAUAAAAUUAUGAUAAUUUUAAUUAUACGAAUAAACAAAUAAAUAAUUUUUAAAUGACACAGGCAUUUAUGAUACAUAUUUGUUAGUCACUAUAAGCAUGGAAUGUUAGGUACAAUAAAAACAAAUAUAUAAAUCAUAAAAUUACAUGGUAUAAAAGGUACAAGUAGAAAAUUAAUUUUUUUCUUUUAUCGUAACUUUACUACUUUUUAUAAUAUCGAAACAUAAAAAUCAAUCUACGAAAUCUCUUAAACUACUUAUAAAUAAUAUUCAGAAACAAAUAGAUGUAAUGAAAUGGUUGAGCAUAUUUAAAAUAUAACUAACGGCACAAAAUAAAAUGAAAUUAAUGAAUCGGUAUAUUUUAUAUUAUUCGAACAAUUCAUUAGCUGCCAGCGUAUAACAAAACUUAACAUAGAAUAUUUAAUGCAGUUCGCACGUAGACGGUCAAUGAUUAUCCUUUGUUCUACAGAAACUUGGAUGGUUUUACAUAAUAUAAAUCUUAUUAGCAUUACAAUAUGGAAGAAAUGAUGUAUUCAUAAAAAAUAGAUAUAACCAGUAUAAUGGUUUUAACGUAACAAUACAUCUAAAUUUUUUCAUUCA